CCCUUUAGUGUAACCGCAUUGUUGUUUGGGAGAAAGGUUGUUCGUUAUUAGAAAUUGGACACUUCGAUUUACGAAUGGUCCUUUUUAGUAAUAACUGCGUGCCGAGAACAAGAACGACGUUCCAAACUGAUACCGUCGUCACGGAAACCAUACUGCUUUCUUUAAAUAAACAGUUUAAGCCUUUCUUCAGCGGCGCCCGUUGGAUCAGAUUGUGCGGAAUCACAGCCACUCCGCGGGCCACAUCGCCAUUGCUUUAGCUGCUACCGUUGUCUUCAGAACAAAACAUUGAGAAGUUAUAUUCAAAAUGAAAAGAAAAGGGCGUCAUCAUCGAGUGUCUACGACAAGGCGUUCAGCUUCUCCUUGCAAUAUCAAGAACUCUCCCACACGGGAAACACUGACAUAUGCCCAGGCUCAGCGGAUGGUAGACAUGGAGAUUGAUGGUCGUCUACACAGGAUCAGUAUUUUUGACAAUUUAGAGAUCAUAUCAGAGGACGACCUUACAGCACAAGAGCUAACUGAAUGUAACAGCAAUAAGGAAAACAGCCAACGGCCAGCGCUGAUAAGAUCCAAAAGACUUAAAAACAAUAAUUUAAAAAAGAAAAAUGCUGUUCUACCAAAUGCACACGGGGUACCAGUUUCAUCUAGUACUCUCCCAGAGCCCAAAAUUCGUAUUGUUGAUUACAACCCACCUGUUGCUCCUCGGAGACCCCCUUCAUAUUACACAUUUAUUGAGAAAUCCUCUGAUGAGCUUGAUAAAGAGGUAGAGUAUGAUAUGGAUGAGGAGGAUUAUGCAUGGCUAGAACUUGUUAAUGAAAAACGCAGAAGUGAAGGGCUGGGUGUUGUUUCUCAAAAUGUAUUUGAGUUCCUCAUGGACAGAUUUGAAAAGGAAUCUUUCUUUGAGAACCAGAAUCAAGGAGAUCCCCAGUCUCUCAUUGAUGAAGAUGCAGUGUGUUGCAUAUGUAUGGAUGGUGAAUGCCAGAACAGCAAUGUCAUUUUAUUUUGUGACAUGUGUAAUUUAGCAGUACAUCAAGAGUGUUAUGGCGUUCCAUACAUCCCAGAGGGGCAGUGGCUUUGUCGGCAUUGCUUGCAGUCUCCUUCCCAGCCUUUAGACUGCAUACUUUGCCCCAACAAGGGCGGUGCAUUGAAAAAGACGGAUGAUGAUAGAUGGGGACAUGUGGUUUGUGCCCUGUGGGUACCUGAAGUGGGUUUUGCUAACACUGUUUUUAUUGAGCCAAUUGAUGGUGUAAGGAAUAUUCCUCCAGCAAGGUGGAAGUUGACAUGCUACCUCUGUAAACAGAAAGGGGAUGGUGCUUGCAUUCAGUGCCAUAGAGCAAACUGUUACACAGCAUUUCAUGUGACUUGUGCUCAAAAAGCAGGCCUUUACAUGAAAAUGGAACCUGUAAAAGAAGUAAUAGAGGCUGGAACAACUUUCUCAGUGAAAAAGACUGCCUAUUGUGAUGCACACACUCCAACGGGCUGUGUAAGGAGACCUCUGACAAUUUAUGAGGAAGCCGAAACAAAAAAUGGACUUUGUCAAAAAGGGCAAAAAACAGCUAGGACCAGAUUAAAAGGAAAGCAUAAAAACAAGAAGUGUAAAAAAGUUUUAUCUGAACCACUGGGAGCUGUUCCUACAGUAUCUGUACCAAGUAUCCCAUCUCAAAGGUUGAACAAAAUUCUCAAUCAAAUUGCUGUACAGAGAAAGAAACUAUUUAUAGAACGUAUUUUGAAUUACUGGACACUGAAAAGGCAGUCAAGAAAUGGUGUGCCAUUGCUACGGCGUUUACAGUCAAGUUUACAGUCACAACGAAAUGCACAGCAGAGGGAAGAUAAUGAGGAAAGCAGUGCUUUGAAAGAACAAUUGAAGUACUGGCACAGGCUUCGCCAUGACCUUGAGAGGGCACGCUUAUUGGUGGAGUUAAUUCGUAAACGAGAGAAAUUAAAGAGAGAGGAGAUCAAGGUUCAGCAGGUUGCCAUGGAGCUACAGUUGGUACCUUUCACUGUUCUUCUGCGGUCAGUGCAAGAUCAGCUUGAAGAAAAAGAUACUGCCAGAAUUUUUGCCCAGCCAGUGAACCUCAAAGAGGUUUCUGAUUACUUGGACCAUAUCAAACAUCCAAUGGAUUUCUCUACAAUGAGAAAAAGGAUAGAAGCUCAAGGAUAUAAAAACCUGGAUGAAUUUGAAGAGGAUUUCAACCUUAUCAUUGAAAACUGUAUGAAGUAUAAUGCUAAGGACACAAUAUUUUACAGAGCAGCUGUUCGAUUAAGAGAUCAAGGGGGUACUGUUCUGAGGCAAAGCCAUCGUGAUGCGAAGCGGAUUGGAUUUGAUUAUGAAACAGGAAUGUACUUGUCCGAACCACCAAAGAUUGAACCACCUCUGCCUUUUUCCUGGGAAGAUGUGGACAAACUCCUAAAUCCAGUAAACAGAGGACACAUGUCCUUGGAAGAACAGCUCAAAGAACUACUUGAAAAACUUGACUUAACCUGUGCAAUGAAAUCAAGUCCAUCUAGGAGCAAACGCUUAAAAUUAUUAAAGAAAGAAAUCUGUAACGUCCGAUACGAACUUAGCCUGCAGAAAACUCAACCCAAGCAACCAGAGCCAAGCACAACUUGGGUUGAAGAGAGUACACCUUUAGAGCAAAAUCUCGAGGAAGAUGGCGACAAGUCCUUACCACCAAAACUAGAACCGUCUGAUUCUUUGCCACCUCCUUUAAAUUUGGACAGUAAUUCAGAACCACCUACCCUCAAACCAAUUGAACCUAACCCUGAGAACAAUAAACUGCAUAAACGAGUUAAGUUUGAAAAUGAAAUGUGUGGUAUUUCUCCACCAAAGGAAAUGUUUAAUGGACACACUCAAGAACACUUGCUUAAAGACACAGAUGUUAGUGUGGUGGCCACAUCUACAUUAGCAGACUCUUCAAGUGAUGUCAACAGAAGGACAUCUGUUCUUUUUCGAAAAUCUAAAAGUGCAAGUCCUCAAAAACCUGGGAAAAUCAGUGACGCACAGCCUAGUUCUCCUCAGCUAGGGACCAAAACAUUUUUGUCUGUGGUUAUUCCAAGAUUGGAGACUCUUCUUCAGCCAAGAAAGAGGUCCCGAAGUGCAUGUGGAGACAGUGAAAGCAAUGAAGAGUCCCCCGUGAAACGUUUUGAUACAGGACUUACUAAUGGUUUCGGGAAUGAUGAGUGCAAGGAGCUCACUCCAACCAGAAAGCUUGAACCCAGACGCAGAUGUGCAUCAGAAUCCAGUAUCUCUUCAAGCAGUAGUCUUUUAUGCAGCACAAGGAAAUGGAUUCCUAGCAUCCCUGCUGAUAAGUAGAGGAACUCCUAUUUUGUUGAUGGGUGCCUUCCUUUGAGAUGCCACCUCAUACAUAGACAUCAUGGGUCAAUUGCAACUUUCUACUUAAACCAUUAUUACCCCUUCAUGGGGAUGAACAUCCCCGACGAUGGGGAUUUAGUGGAGGCUCCACUAAGUACGAACAUACGUCCAUACGUAUGUAUGUCACACAUUUUUACAUAUAACUUCAGAACUGGUCAUCCAAUUGUGAUGAAACUUGGUUUGAGCAGAAAUCUAGGUCAUGGGUAUUUUUACUUUAGCUGUGACCCUGAAUGGUUUGUCUAAUCAAGGCAAAAUCUUCAGAAUUGUUUGCCAAAUUAUUGAUAAUUUCCAAGGGCAGUUUUUCUAAAUACAGUGAAUAUAGGUCACGUCAUAUUACUGACACCUGAUUAUAAGCAUCAACAGUUUACUCAACCUCCAGUAGUGUUUUCUACUAUUGUAACAACCUCAACUUUUAUAAAGAAGGAAAAAAAUUUAGGGAAAUAGCUUGCAACACUUGAUUUUCAAGGUGUGGUAUCCGAACAUGAAAAUACUGUGUUUGUCCCAGCACUAAUUAAGUAAAACAUAACAUCAGAAAAUGUACUUUAUUAGGUCAGGUUUGCUUAGAAACUGACAAUCCACAGCCUCCCCUUACAUAAGUUUACCAUGUUUUUUUGCACAUAAUUUUGCAGUUUUUGCUUUUCCCAGUUAUGCUAUGUAUUUAUUAUAGUUUGCCAAGUUUAUUAAUAAUAUGCUGUACCGUUCCUUGCUAUUCUUUACUUUGCAUACCUAUGCUUUACCAUGCUCUCACUGAGGCUUUAUUACAAUGCUGUGUUUUUACUAUGGGAAACUUUUAGAAUGGCCAGUGUGUUGUGUGCAGAAGGGUGAUCUUUUACAUAUUAAAUUUGUUCUUCAGUUUGUCAAGUUUGCCUUUAGCCAAGGGAGGGUCCUCUAUCAAGUUUGAGAACCUGUGGUCUAAAUGUAACAGUUAUCCAGUGUUGCAAACAUUGAGCCAAAUGAGGCUAUUUAAUAAUAACCUCAUUCAAGUUUGACUUUGACUAGAAAUGCAUAAUUGCUUCCAUAUAUAAAACAAUGGCUAACACAUUUUGCAGUAUAAUUACAAUUUGGAAGUGUCCUUUUAAUUGUUAUAAAUAUUUGUAUUGGUCCAGUAGAUGCAUGGGAUAUUAUAUUACUCCAGUUGUACACCUACACCAAAAAAAUGUUGACUUGUAUAAUGUCGAACAAUAUUUUUGGAUUCAGUGCUACAGAGAAAAUAGUGUUAGGUUAUUAUUUGUUGUAAUAUAUAUUGUUUCAUUCAGAUCCAUUGCUUUGCAGAUGUAGAGUUUGAUUUUAAGGCACAUAAUUUACCUGUAUUUUGUACUCCCAUAAAUAGUCAUGGAGUAUCCUGUGUCUCUAUAUUUAUUGAAAAACACUGUCACAUUCAAACAUUGCUGAUUUCAUUUAACUUGAUAUGUGGGUAAGAAUUCACCAGUGGGUCAAACCAGGGACUAAAAAUAAAAUUUAAUGC